UCUGUUAGCCCGGGUCCGUUCGCCUGGGUCUGUUAGCCUGGGUCCGUUAGCCGCCAGUAGCUCGGCUCUUCUCCCCGGUGUGGAAUCUGACCCCCCCCCCCCCGAGCAGGAAGCGCCGUCCCGGGGCCUCUCUGUACGCGUCCCAAUGAUGAGUUAUGCUGAGAAGACAGAAGACAUCACCAGAGAAGAGUGGAUGGAGAAGCUGAACAACGUGCACAUACAGAGGGCGGACAUGAACCGGCUCAUCAUGAACUACCUGGUGACAGAGGGAUUUAAAGAGGCGGCGGAGAAGUUUCGGAUGGAGUCCGGUAUCGAGCCGAGUGUGGACCUGGACUCUCUGGACGAAAGGAUAAAGAUUAGAGAAAUGAUCCUGAAGGGACAGAUACAAGAAGCCAUCGGACUCAUCAACAGCCUUCACCCGGAAAUGCUUGACACCAAUCGAUACCUGUAUUUUCAUCUGCAGCAGCAACAUUUGAUUGAGUUAAUCAGACUAAGGGAGACUGAGUCAGCGCUGGAGUUUGCCCAGACACAACUGGCCGAGCAAGGGGAGGAGAGCAGAGAGUGUCUGACAGAGAUGGAGAGGACACUCGCCCUUCUGGCUUUUGACAACCCAGAGGAUUCGCCCUUCGGAGACCUGCUCAACAUGAUGCAGCGGCAAAAGGUCUGGAGUGAGGUGAACCAAGCUGUGCUGGACUAUGAAAACAGGGAGUCUACGCCCAAGCUGGCAAAACUCCUGAAGCUCCUGCUGUGGGCACAGAACGAGCUCGACCAGAAGAAGGUGAAAUAUCCCAAAAUGACUGACCUCAGCACGGGAACCAUCGAGGACCCAAAGUGAACAUAACGGAAAACAAACAACCACCUUCCACGUCUCCUUAAUUUAUAAUCAGUCAGUGACUGUGUGACAACCAGGUAACAUAUAUGUAUAAACUAAUACUACAUUGUUUUUAUUUUCCAUGUUGCAUCCAUGAGAAGUAAGACUUAUAAACUCAUUGUGUAAACUGUAAAUUGCUGUAUUUGCAAACCGACAGAAAUUAUCUACUUUAAAUACUAAUCCUGGGUUUUCAGACGGAUCUCGGAGACGACAAAAUUCAAACUGCUGUUUUUAUAUUUUGUCUUUCAAAAGCUUAAGUCAGUAUUAUUAUUUAUUUCCCCCGACAAUAAUUUACCCAGAAAGAGAGAGCUGAUGGUGUAAACUGUACCGAUGCAAACUUUGGAACUGCAGAUACACAAUUAGCCUUUAACUUAAAUUCCAAAUCUAAAUUUCUUACUUAAAAUGUUAAUACUUUUCAAUUAAAUGGAAAAAUAUGCUUUAUUGAUGUAAAAUAAUUUAAUUUAUAUAAUAUUUUACAGAUUUGUGUUAAGUUUGGUGUUUGGCAAUUUGCUGUAGCAUCGGUCAGUUGCUUCCUACACCUGAGGGUCUGAUGAUUGUAUGUGCACAGAGCCGGUGGCGUGAACGACCUUGUUCAAGCAUCAAAGAGGUGAAACAGGUUCUGAGUGAAAUCAGAGACGCUCUCUUGCUGACCUGAGGCCCUGGGCCUGUCUGAGCGUCCUACACACUUCACCUCCAGCAAGCUCCAAAUGUCUGAGAUGGUUUUACAUCAGUGGAGUUGAGGUUAUGAUGUUAUUCAAGUCUCAGCUGGUGUCACUGAUAUAAGCAGGGUUCUCACGCUGCUUGAGACAAAGGCCUGCUAAGGAAUGAGGGAGCUGUCAAACGUUUGUUUCUAAAACUGUCAGACUGAAAAUGAUUUAGAGUUUUUGUUAAGAUGAUUAGAAAUAUGGACAUUUCUUAUCUGCACUGGUUGGUCAAAGAACUUUCUGUCCAUUUUGCCACUUUUAAAACCGUUUUACACUUUAUUGCAUGCAAGUGUUUUGUUUGUUUGUUUAUUUGCAAUGGGGAAAAGGCACUUGUGCUUGUUUACUUUUGUUUAUUUGGUUUACUUUUAUAGAACAACAGAAAACAAACUUGCUGCUAGCUGUCCAUCCUUAAUUUCUUUUAAGGUUGUAUUGUCUUUAUAUAUAUAUAUAAAUAUAUUGGAUUUGACAUACACAAAAAACCCACAGAGAUCACACCCCUUUUAUUAUUCAACAUUUUUAAGAUCAGAUUUACAAGUAUUGAAAUAAACAAAACUUUU